AUGAAUAAUUGGAUUGUUUUUGAGCCUGCAUACGUGGAGCCCACUCUCAGAGGGCUAGAACUCUUUAUUAAUUGCGUAUUCAAACCUCUAAUUACCGCCCCUCUUCUCAGCAUUCUACUAUAUUCCCUAAAAGAUACAGGGAAAUACGCAGAAGAAACAAUGAUUUUCUCACGCCUUAUCAACAAACACAGUCUAAUGUGGACACUAAGUUUUCUCACUACCGUGGGCAUAAUAAGAAAAGCUAACCCCUUGGAAAUCGCAGUCGUCACUAGAGGAUGCAACAGAAUCGGCAGAGCCAUUGCAGAGGCUCUAACUCGACAUAGAAUUUGCGUGGCAGUGCUUAACGUGCAGGCGCCCCCCAAGGCUUUCAAAUCUAAUAGCCUGCUAACAUACUUUCGAUGCGAUAUCUCCAGCCCUAUAGCAAUAGCAGAAACGGCCGACAAAAUUCGGAACAGUCUCGGCCAUCCUUCAAUUCUCGUCAACAAUGCUGGUAUCGUGCAUAGCGCUCACACAAUACUAAGAACUCUAAGUAAGUUUCUUAGUCGCAUUUUCGAUACAAAUAUCCUUUCACACUGGCGGCUUAUCCAGCAGUUUGUCCUAGACAUGGUAGCGAAAAAUAAAGGCCAUAUUGUGUCAGUAGCAAGCAUUGCCUCAUAUUUAACGAGCGCAGCAAAUGUAGACUAUGCUACAACUAAAGCUGCAGCACUAGCAUUCCAUGAGGGUCUUACAACAUCAGGCGUUAAGACUACAAUUGUGCAUCCAAGUUGGGUACGCACACCAGCAGUUAAAGAGGGGGUAUUAAGCAGUGGUCAGGACGCGAAGAUUCUUGAGGAUUUUCUACUACCAGAAGAGGUAGCUGAAUUUAUUAUAAGGCAGAUAAUUAGCAGGCGCGGUGCGCAUAUUUUUAUCCCUAGUUUCGGGGCGCCUAUUUCAGGGCUUAGAGGUUAG